GCCACAGGGUCAGUGCGCACCACUCGCCCAGCCUGCCUCCUGGAGAUUGAGAAUAGCUCCAUCCAGCCUGGGAAGCGAGCUGGACGGAGCUGGACGGCUGAGCCAGGCCGCGCCUGGAGCACUCAACAGGCCCAUGCUUCUGUCCGAGCCUUCUGCUGGGCUGAGGGGCCGCCGGCCUGGCCUCCUGCUCAUGCUUCUGGCUCUCCUUGGCAUGGCCUGGGCAGAGAUGCGGUCACUCCAGCUGCAGCAAGAGCAGGCUCCCGUGCCCGGAGCCCUGAGCAGGAAGGAGAGUUUCCUGCUCCUCUCCCUGCACAACCGCCUGCGCAGCCGGGUCCACCCCCCUGCGGCCAACAUGCAGAGAAUGGACUGGAGCGAGAGCCUGGCCCAGUGGGCUCAGGCCAGGGCGGCCCUCUGUGGUGCCCCGGCCCCAAGCCCGGUGUCGGCUCCCUGGGCCGCCCCGCAAGUGGGCUGGAACGUGCAGCUGCUGCCGGUGGGCUCAGCGUCCUUUGUCCACGUGGUGGGCUUGUGGUUCGCAGAGGGGCAGCGGUACAGCCAUGCAGCAGCAGAGUGUGCCCGCAACGCCACCUGCACCCACUACACUCAGCUCGUGUGGGCCACCUCGAGCCAGCUGGGCUGUGGGCAGCACCCCUGCUCUGGGGCUCAGGCCGAGAUGGAAGCCUUUGUCUGUGCCUACUCUCCCGGAGGCAACUGGGAGGUAAACGGCAAGACAAUCGCCCCCUAUAAGAAGGGCGCCUGGUGUUCGCUCUGCACGGCCAGCAUCUCGGGCUGCUUCAAGGCCUGGGACCAUGCAGGCGGGCUCUGUGAGGUCCCCAGGAACCCAUGUCGCAUGAGCUGCCGGAACCACGGACAUCUCAACAUCAGCACCUGCCACUGCCACUGUCCCCCUGGCUACACAGGCAGAUACUGCCAAGUGCGGUGCAGUGUGCAGUGUGUGCACGGCCAGUUCCGGGAAGAAGAGUGCUCCUGUGUCUGCAAUGUCGGCUAUGGGGGAGCCCAGUGUGCCACCAAGGUGCACUUUCCCUUCCACAUCUGUGACCUGAGGAUUGACGGAGACUGCUUCAUGGUGUCUUCGGAGGCAGACACCUAUUAUGGAGCCAAGAUGAAAUGCCAGGGAAAGGGCGGGGUGCUAGCCCAGAUUGAGAGCCAGAAAGUGCAGGACAUCCUCGCCUUCUACCUGGGCCGCCUGGAGACCACCAACGAGGUGACCGACAGCGACUUUGAGACCAGAAACUUCUGGAUCGGGCUCACCUACAAGACCACUAAGGGCUCCUUCCGCUGGACCACCGGGGAGCACCAGUCCUUCACCAGUUUCGCCUUCGGGCAGCCUGACAACCAGGGGUUUGGCAACUGCGUGGAGCUGCAGGCAUCGGCCGCCUUCAACUGGAACGACCAACGCUGUAAAACUCGAAAUCGUUACAUCUGCCAGUUUGCUCAGGAGCACAUUUCCCGGUGGGACCCGGGGCCCUGAGGCUCGACUGGGCAUCUUCCCUGCCAGACCCUGGGUGGA